AUGAUGACGUGCCGUCUGCUGUGCGCCCUGUUGGUGCUUGCCCUGUGCUGCUGCCCGUCCGUGUGCGGGACAACGAGUGGAGAUACAACUGGAAAAAAUUCUGUUUCAAAGGGUGUCGAGAAAGAGGGAACAGGUGAGGGGAUGGAAUCGCAUAGUACAACUUCUCCUUCGCCACAGAAAGGAGAGGAGGAGAAAAGGAAGGAGGUACAGGAACCAAAUAUGGCGCUUCAUACGUCACAGGAAACGGGUACAAUAAAAGAAACGGCACAGUCACAAAAUACUUCCAAUAAGAAACAGGAUCAGGAAGGGCAAUUAAGCAAGGAAGAGACUGAAAACACGAACACUAACACGUCAAAUGAACAAAAGAAGGCCGCCGCACCAACUACGACCACGACGACCACGACGACCACUACAACAAUGACGACAACCACCACCACUGCCCCAGAGGCACCAACUACCACCGAGGCACCAAUUACGACUACAAAGGCGCCAACCACGACGACCACCCGCGCACCGUCACGUCUUCGCGAAAUUGACGGCAGCCUCAGCAGCUCUGCGUGGAUGUGUGCCCCGCUGCUGCUCGCCGCAUCCGCGCUGGCGUACACCACUGUGGGCUGA